AUGAUGGCUCUUGCCAGAGCUUGCUUGCUUGGGUUGGCAUCAGCGGCAGCAGUUGCCUCUCCAGUUGCAGCAGAAACUCCGUUCAGCUGGAACAACACGGAAUAUGUACUCACAUUUGGUGACUCCUACAUCUUCGUCCAAGGUACCGAAGGUCGCUGGGCGUACAGCUUUAUUGGAUCCCAGCUGAAUAUCUCCUUCACGCCUGAGCAGCUUCUCGGCGAUCGCAUCGUUCCAGGGCAGAACACGUCUUCUGCCGGCGGCCCCAACUGGGUUCAAGAGCUGACUGGUUGCAAAGAGGGCUAUCCUCGGGACUGCGAGAAGCAACUCUGGGGGUUCGCCUACGCCGGGGCUGACAUAUCUACGACCUUACAGAGUAGCGUGCCAUUGCAUUGGGACCAUACCAUUUCCUAUGAGAAACAGAUUGACCAAUGGGACACCUACGGCAAGUCGGUCAUCAACGCGGACACUGCGAAGUCGCUCGUGGCCUCUUGGAUUGGUAUCAAUGAUAUCAACGACAUGGCCGACUUCCACCUUCCCGUCAACGGGCUGGGUAGUUGGGAAGAAUUGUACACUGCAGUUAUCGCCGAGCAGUUUGCAGCAUUGGAGACAGUUUACACCGCCGGGCAUCGCAACUUCUUGUUCUUGAACUUACCCCCACUCGACAAAAACCCCGCAUCGCAACUAAACCCAGCACGUCUACCAAGCACAGACAUGAUCAAGACAUUCAACGGCGUAGUCAACCAGACGGCAAAGGCAUUCUCGGAAAAGCACCCCAAUGCGACCGUGUUGGUAUUUGACACGUACAGCUGGCUCACACAGGUCUUUGAUAACGCGGCAUCGUUUGGGUUUACCAAUACUAUGUCGUUCUGCCGCAGCUACAAAGCUUUGGAUAUCGACACCAAUUAUGCCGCAUACGGGUGUCAGCCGAUCCAUGAGUACUUUUGGUACAACUCUGGUCACGUCACGUACCAUGUUCACGAGAUUUUGGCCCAAAAGGUCGAGGAAUUUCUUAUCCAGAAGAGUGCUGGUGGCUCUGGCGGGAAGAAUCAGACGGCGAGCACGUGGGGGACGAGAUGGAUUGGCGGGGAGUCGACAUGA